AUGUCUGAGGAGGCUUCCCAAUUGGAGAAAAAUGCUGAAGAACUUAAAAAACAUGAAGAAUUGCUUUUACGAAGUAAAGUGAUGGAACGAGUAAAUAAAAAAUUAACUUCCGAGAAGAAUGAAUUGACACGCAAACUUCACGCAAUUAAAAGUUUUAGGCCGUUACAAGGCUGUAUUAAACUUACUUUGGAGAAAUUUCGCAUUCUCGCGUUAAAUCCAACACUUUUGGCUAUCUAUUCUGGACCUAUUCAAUUGGGUGGUUUUCAUUGGAAACUUUGUGCCGAACGGAGUGUUGACAAUUGGUUAGGCCUUUAUCUUUGUAUUUAUGUGCCAAAAAGUUGUCCGGAAGAGUGGGAAUGCCGUGUCAAUUUGUUUGUUUUUUCUUAAUUUUCCGUGGUUGAAGUUAACAUUUUUCACCAGAAAUUUAUUGAGUAGUUUAUUGUCUC